AUGCACGUUAAAGUAUUUAGAGAAUCAGUGUUCUGGGAAUUUGAGGAGACCAGUAUUGGAGAAGGAUUGUAUCGCUUGGGAGGAAUAUCCUUUUUGAAGAGUGGACGUAAUGUUGAAAUGAUGAAUCAAAUUCAUGUUCAUUAUUGUAUUAUUUCUUUAAUCGAUGAUAAUAUUCUAAUCACACGUGUUCUUAUCGGGAUGGAAGUGUUCAUUCAAGUAUAUAUGGAAAUCAUAGGAGAAGGACUCCAACGACUAAUUGAUCCACUUUCAUACACGAUAAUUAUAAAAAUGGGAAUGAUUCUUGCAAUUAUGGUUGGAAUCAUUGCAUUUAUGAGACGUUGCCUGUGUAGUAGUGGUAGGAAUUUUACUCGUGCAAAGGUUGACGAGAAGGAUAAACGACUCGAUAAUAAUACUGCUCUUCCGGCUUUGGGUUUGGGAUUCAAUGGUAGCGGGAGCAAUAGUGGUGGGAUUGGAUAUUAG